AUGUUCUUGCCAGCUCCUGCGGAGAUCACAUGCCACUCCAGUUGGAUAGAUCUUCAGGCAGUACCCGAUAAUCCGUCAAGUCUGCACUAUUCGGAUCACGAAGGCGUCGGAUCUUCUUUCUCACUUACCCAGCCGGCCUCAUCUGACAGAGCAGCCAUAUCGAAUACCGCGGACCUUUCCAAACUGGAGCCGUUGCUACUCGAGAUGCGUGAGCGUAUCGUUCGGGGGUUGCGCAUCUGCCGAAAGAUGCGGCAAUUUCACCUAUCCAUCUCCCUCCUGAUGACGUUGCUAGCGCUGAUGCUUCCCACGUGCUUAUCACACUCCAAUUUGGCCACUAACGUCGUGGGGAUGUUCACUUUUGUCAUAAUCGGAGCCACUUUAUUUGCAUUGGUGUGGGGCUCGAUUGUGGGUCGGACGACUGAGCGACGCGCUUUGGAAAAUUCCGUCCAGACGACCAAUGUUUGGCUGUCUUGUUUGCCCUCCUCUGUGUCAAAUGGGCUAAAGACACCGAUUACCGAGGCUGUGCCACGUGGUGAUGUGCUGUGAUUUGUACCCUGGAUGUCGGUUCUUUCUUAUUCCGGUGAAAAAUCCAUGACACAUUUCACUCAUUUCUUGUUACUUUCCUUCACAUUAACCGUGAUGCAAGUAGGCUCAUCUUCCGUUGCUACCCAAUCGUCUGUGCAUUCUACCCUGUCUUAAUGACUUCAUCCGUUUUC